CGCAGACGGAACAUCACUACGACUGGAUAACAAAAACAAAGCAGCGGGUCAACACAUUGUGGACGCUCACACCACCUUUUUUCACAGGAAACCACUUUUUUAUCAACAUACUUUUUAUUAUUGUUAACACAUAUUGUAACCGGCUUGGGAUGUGACUUUCAGAGUAGACUUUGCGCCUAGGCGGAGCACCGUUUUCCCGGACAAAUUUAUCUUGUAUCCACUCACAUUUCAAAGGCGAAGUAGUGACUUUUGAGGGGCGACAGGUUCGUCACAUUUACAUGACAGUAUAACACUUGGCUCCGUCACCUCUCGACCAUGGCGGAAGCGGCCCAGCAGCAACACCUGGUGGAAAUCGACCCGGAUUUUGAGCCCCUGUCGCGGCCCCGGUCGUGCACUUGGCCUUUGCCCCGGCCGGAGUUCAUCAACCCGGGCGACUCCAACACUUCCUCACCGGUGCCGUCUGUGAAGCAGGAGCCCACCGGCAAUGAGUUCAUCAACAACCUGAGCCUGCUGGAGGAGACCGAGGACUUCACGGAGCAGAAGCCUGUCAUCCUGUGCACUGAUUUCCAGUGUCAGGAGAACUGUGUCCACCAGCAACCUCCACAGCAGCAACAUCAGCAACAUCAGCAGCAUCAGCAGCAACAACAGCACCAGAACCCGCAACUCCCGCAUCAACAGCAGCAGCAGCAGCAGCAGCAGCAGCAGGUGCCUCUGCUCUCCUCACCGGUCGGCUCGUCGUCCUCGGCGGCCGCGGCCGCAGCAGCCGCCGCUGCCCAGAGGAAGAGCAGCUCCUCCCGGCGAAACGCAUGGGGGAAUAUGUCUUAUGCAGACCUCAUAACCAAAGCUAUCGAAAGUUCUCCUGAGAACCGACUAACUCUAUCUCAGAUUUACGACUGGAUGGUGAAGAGUGUGCCUUAUUUCAAGGACAAAGGAGACAGCAACAGCUCUGCAGGCUGGAAGAACUCCAUCAGACACAACCUGUCGCUGCACAGCCGCUUUAUUCGUGUCCAGAAUGAGGGGACGGGGAAGAGCUCGUGGUGGAUGCUAAACCCGGAGGGCGGGAAGAGCGGCAAGUCCCCGCGACGCAGGGCAGUGUCUAUGGACAACAACAGCAAGUUCACCAAGAGCAGAGGAAGAGCAGCUAAGAAAAAGCUGUCCCUGCAGGGCGGCCCUGACGGAGGCGCAGACAGCCCAGGCUCCUACUCCAAGUGGCCUGGCAGCCCAAACUCCCACAGCAACGACGACUUUGAUGCCUGGAACAGCUUCAGGCCUCGAACCAGCUCCAAUGCCAGCACUCUGAGCGGCCGCCUCUCACCCUUCAUGCCCGAGGACGAUCUCGGGGAGGCAGACGUGCACAUGGGUUACCCAGGAGCCUCUGGGACCAAGAUGACAGCCACGCUGCCCAGCCUCACAGAGAUGACGGGAUCUCUGGGACACAGUUCUGAGAAUGUCAUGGAGAACCUUCUGGACAACCUGAACUUACUGUCUCCAAAUAACUCUCAGGUUGGAGGCGGGGCGACGACCCCUGGCUCCUCCCAGUCCUCACCCUCUCCCAUGAUGCAGCCGAGCCCUGGGUACCCCGCUUACAGCUCCCCCAGCAUGGCCUCGCAGCCUCAGCAGGAGUACCGCAAGUGUGUGUAUGGCCAAGCAGGAAUGAACACCCUUUCGUCCAUGCCGCUGCAGACGCUGCCAGAGAGUAAGCCCAGCUUCGGGCCCAGUAUGGGCCAGUACAGCUGCCCUGCUGGACUUCUGAAGGAGCUGCUGACGUCAGACACAGACCAGCAUGGAGAGCUCAUGCCGUCAGUGGACACUGUGGUGUCUCAGUCCAGCGGAGGCUGCAUGCUGCCGCCAUACAGCAGCAGCCAGCACGCAGCCAAACUCAUGGGAGGAGGGAAUGGUCAUCCGCAUGGUCUCUCUCACACUCACCCCCACAAUGUGCACAGCCAAGCACCGACAACGUCACCAGCUAUGAAUGGCCGCUUGCUCAUGUCCCUGAGCCACAGCGGGGGCACCACGCGUUUGCCUACAGCCAAAGGCCCUAUGCAGAUGCCUUAUGGCAUCUCCAGCCACCUCAGUGUGGGAGGCAUGCCUGGUGGCUUCUGCCCUCUCAACACCAACGGGUACGGCCGGCCAGGCCUGCAACAGCCCCUCCACCCAGAAAAGCUGCCCAGCGACCUGGACGACAUGUCCAUCGAGAAGUUUGAGUUUGACAUGGAGACGGUCCUCAAUGAAACUCUGAUGGACGGGGACUCCCUGGACUUCAACUUUGAGCCAAUGGUGACCCAACAAGGUUUCCCUUGUGUGAAGACCACCACACACAGCUGGGUGUCAGGGUAGAGAGCUGUGUGUUGUUUGGUAAAAGGCACAAUCAGAACUGAGACAAAAAAAGUGUAUCUUAGGAUGUUUAAUCCUCAACCCAACUUCACCUGCAUUUUCUGGACCAUCAACCAUCAACAACAUUUCUGUUUCAAAAAUACUUUUUGGAUCACUUCAGUAGACUGAGACUGGUGAUCAGCCGAGGAAGCAACUCCAUUAGAGCCCCUGAACUGGUGAAGAUGAAAGCUGAGUUAUUUUUGAAAUAUCAAAUAAUUUGUACAAACUAAGUGCCAAACAUUUUGCCUUAACAUAAGAGCCAAACUGAAACACACCUCUCUGGUUUACUCAACAAGGUUACAGAAACUAUACAGUGGUUCUGUCUGCAAUUUUUGCAAGUGACACUACCAAUGACAUCUCAUCAGCAGCAGCACAAUCUGUAAAAGUGCACAAACUCAUACCAUGAUGUUUACCGUGUUUCCACAAUCACACUUUUUGUAUGUACAGUGUAGUGAUAAUUGAUUACCACUACGGAAGAUUUAUGAAGGUUAUCUGGCUCAUGGGUUUGUGGACUGACAUGUUGUAAAGUGAAAGACUUCUCAAGGGAUCCUUGGAUGUUGUUACAUAAUAACUCACUUUGUCAUUGCCUGAAUGUACAUAAUGUCAUCAUACAGUUUGUAAAAUCAGGCCUCUUAGUGUAUUUUCUAAGAUUGUAAAUAGUGUUUACAGAGCAGAAGCAAAAGUUAAGGCAGCAGAAAUGAGCUCACGUUGAAAACUGGAUCAGAUUCUUUAAACAGUGGACAGAUCGAUGCUUGAGAAGUCUUCUCAAUCAGGCUGUAAAAUGGUAACACACUUUCUGAUUUCUUGUACAUACAUUAAGAAUGUAUAUUAAAAUGAUGUAGUAGAUGUUUACUGGAUUUAGUAUAUAUUUGAGACCUAAAUUAUUUGUGGUUAAUAUAAAUUUAUGCUGGUGCAUAACCUGCACUCAGACAUCAGAAUUGUUCUGAGUCAUUUGUCACUCUGAACCUUAAUACCACAGGGGCCUAUUUAUUGUGCCUAACAGAGUAGAUAUCAUCUGCAGGCUUGAAGGGUUUUAUAUUGUAAAUGUCUAUGGCCCAGAAGAUACUCAAAUCCAGCAGUCUUGAAGAAAAGUACAGCAAAUUCUUUAUUUUUAGUUCCGUGCUUUCACUUUUUUUAGAAUUCAAGAAGAAACGAGUGACUGUACAUUCUUAUUUUUAGGGUUUCCUAAACGCUUUGCAGCUCUGUGAAAGGUCAGACAUGGCUGAGUCCAAUAUCUGCCAGAGAUUGUCAUUAAAGACACUGUGAGUAACCAGCCUGUCCCCUGUUCAGUUUCAGAACUUUUUGAAAUUUUCGUCUUUGUCUCUUAAAGUUAGUGUGACUCAUUAAAUUAGUACAGUAUGAUUCCUUUUUGUUCAAAAGAGCCGUGUGAUGCUGUCAGUAGGGUCAGCUUUACUGCUUUUAAUGAGUCUCCACUUUCACUCUGCCCCUCCUACCUCUAGCCAUCUCUAUGUCUUUUUAAACAUUUGAUAACUUGCUUUUAUAGCUCCUAUCCUGUUCUUAAUAACAAGUCUAUUUUAAUUAUUUUUGCCCUUGUAAAGCGCCACUAAAUGUUAAAUAUUUUAUCUAGCAUGUAUAUUUGCAUUUUCUGACUUGCUUUUCCCACUUAUUGCUGUACUAACAAUGAGCUUGUCAGCCUGUCAGUGACUUAUUAUGCAGAGUCACAAUUAGUGUACAAGAUUGUGGCUACCUUUGUGAAGAUGGUGCCUGUAAACAUGGCUGCUUCUAAUGAAGUUGACUGGUUCGAUGGCUGAAAGACCAGGUGGUUUAAAGAUAACAGACUAAAACUGCCUAUUCUACAUUAAUGUUUAUUGCAUGAUUUAUCCAGAAACCACAUAUGUCUGAUCAUGUGUUGUCAAGGGCUCGGAGUAUGCAGGUUUUUAUUUGAGUCUAAUGACUUCACCCCCACCCAGGGAGGAAAGCUCUGUAAUUAGUUUGAAAGGAAAAACUUGCAUACUCCAGAGCAGUAAUGGCAAAUGAUCUGACACUGCUGACAGAUUUUUAUGAAAGCCAGGGAGCGGGGCAGGUUUAAUAAGAGUAAAAUGAAAUUAUUAACAUUUCAAUAGGCCGUUAAAGACGCUGCUGUUUGGCUUUGGUGCCAGGUGUUGCCUUUUCUUACCCAAACAUGCCAUAGUGUACUACAGCCAAAUUUGCCUUUGAAGUCAAAGUGAUAUAUUUAGCAUUUUUAUCAUGUGAUAUGUUUAGAAUUAUAUAUAUUUGUGCCGGUCACUCAAGUCAGGAUAAACUGUAAUGAAUCCAUGUAGUCAGUGUCACAGGAUUCACUCUAAAAGUGAAAGAGCUGUACUAAGUAAAUUAUAUCUCUACAUUUUUAAAUGAUUGAAUCUAUGCAUUGUAUUCCUUAAUUUUAAGUUGCUAUUGUUAUAUUUUCCUUUUCUUUGAACUGAUGACAGAGAUAUUUUAUUGUAACAUAGCGCUGUGAGAUAUUAUGGUGUUGUUGUUGUCAAAACUCUAUGUUCCAAAUAGUUAUAUGGAAAAAAAUGAAGUUUAUUUAGAAAAUAGAUGAUGCAGUGAUUAAUAUGCUAAGCUUUUGUAAACUGACAAUGUUGUAUUUCUUGUAUUUAGCUACAGUUUUUAGAAAAUAACAUCAAAAAGCAAAUUACUGAAAAAAAAGUAAAGAUUUAUUGCAUUUUUAAAAUUGAAAACACAAUAUUUAGUCUGUCAGAGAAGUCCUGCUCCGAAAGCAGAUUCUGGACCAAUUUUGUAAUUUUAUGAGUAGAAAGAUAUUGCACUUUUACUUACAUUUUUUAACAAAGUGCUCCUCUUGACAAGAGGAAGCGUUCCCAUUACAUAUUUUAAAAUAAAAAUCUGUUACAUUGAACUUAUAUACAGGAAAAAAUUGGAACUGUGCUGUGUGAUUUGCAAUCAAUACAAAUAUGUAACUUGUUCAAUAUUAAUGUAUUAAGAUCUGAAUAAAUGUACUUCUGUGUUAAA